AUGUCUAAUUCCAGUUUAGUCCCCACAUAUAAUGGAUAUAUCCAUAACACAAGAGAUGCAUUAGCUGUGAUUCAACAAGUUAUUGAUAAACAAUUAGAACCAGUUUCUCGAAGACCUCAUGAACGUGAACGAAAUCUGCUUAUAGUAUCAGGAAAUGUAUUUGUAUUUAUUGAACAAAUGUCAGGAAUAAAAAGAUGGACUGAUGGAAUUUCAUGGUCACCUUCAAGAAUUCAAGGACGAUUUUUAGUUUAUGGUGAAUUGGAUAAAAAAAAUUUGAUUGAUAAAGAUAAGAAAAAGAAAAAGAAACGUAAGUUUGGUCCUAAUGAUGAAUACGAUAAUAGUGUUAAUGAUUCAGAUUAUGGCGGUGGUGUUGGUGUUGGUGGUGGUGGUGGAGGAGGAUAUAAUAACCACCUUCAUAACGACAAUACAAAUCAUCUCAAUAGAAAUGCUCGAUUAAGUUCAAUGUUACUUGGGUCUGGUACUGGUAGUAUCACUCAUAAUAUACUAGAUAAUAAAUCAUUAUCAACUACAACAUCAGCAACAACAGCAGCAACAACAACAACAGGAAUGAUUACUUCUUCAAAUCAUAACAAUAAUUCAAUGCUUUCUCACAAUGUUAUCCCUGCAUCAAGUUCAUUUUUAUGUGAUUAUAAAACCAGUCUAGGUAAUGGACCUAUGGUAUCAACUGCUAUACUGCAAAAUGGAUUAGUGAAAAAAACCAUCACUGUGACAACUACAACCAAAGAAUUAAAUAUGGAAGGUAAAAAUGAAACUCAAACAAUUCAUCUUGUAAGUUAUUAUAAUAAAGAAGAUGUUGAUUCAGGGAAAUUACAACGUCCUUCAGAAUCUGAUUUAAAACAUGUUCAAAUUUCUCCAACAUUAUGGACCCUGGUUCAAGAAAAUUCAUUAGGAGGUAAAGGUCCAAUUGAAGAUGAAGAAAGUUAUGGAAUCGAUAUUCAUAAUCAAUAUACAAAUGUUACUUAUGUUCCACAACAACAUCAACAACAACAACAACAACAACAUCAACAACAACUUCAACAACAACAACAUCAGCAACUUCAACAUCAACAUCAACAUCAACCACUUCUUCAUCAUUCUCCAUCGGUAAUAGGAAGUACAACCAGUAUUGUCAAUAAUAAUUCAUCAAUAUCCAAUGGAAGUUAUGGUAAUAGUUAUUCGAAAAAUAUGUCACGUUCAUACAAUAAAUAUUCCAAUUCCCAAGUUUCUCAAUUACUGUAUCUGUUACCACCUUCUCAAUCAGAUUCAUUGAUUACAACAAAUUCAAUUGGAACAACAUCUACAAAUGUGAAACGUGAAGAUGAUUCACAUAACAAUAAUAUUAAUUCAUCUAGUGGAAAUGAGAAUCAAUAUAUAAAUGCCCUUGGUCAUCUGCAUACUUUGUCAUAUGGUGGUCAAGGAUAUACAACUGAUACUACUACUACUGGUACUGGUACUGGUACUGGUACUGGUAUGGCAACACCAGCAUAUAAUAAUUAUUCACAAACAACUACAAAUACAAACAUCACUACACCUUUGCAACAACAAAAUCAAUAUGGUCAAUAUGUUCAAUAUGGGGUGGCUCCAAGUACCAUAAGUGGUACCAAUUCUAAUUCCAAUUCCAACUCCAAUUCCAACUCCAACUCCAACUCCAACUCCAAUAAUAAUUCCAAUAAUAAUAAUAAUACUAUUGGUGGUGGUGGUACUGUGGCGCAUAAUAUUCCUCAAGAUGUUUAUUCUGGUCAUUAUACAAGUUUUACUCAACCUCAUUAUCCCCAACAAAUUUAUCCUCAAUAUCAUAUGACUACAAAUAAUUCAAUUGAUCAAUAUAAUACAAAUUCAAUUAAUCAUCAUCAAUAUCACUCAACCAUUAACACUAACACUAACACUUCUACUACCAACAACAACAACAACAACAAUAAUAAUAAUAAUAGUUUUUCUCGUACAACAGGAGUAGGAUCUAAACGUAAAUCAAGUGUUAUUAGUAAUAGUAAUAGUAAUAGUACUAGUGGUGGUGGUAAUAAUAACAAUAACAAUAAUUAUAGUUAUAGUUCAAAUAGUUCUAUUUCAACUACUCGACCACUGAUAAUUAGUACUAAUACAACAACAACAACAAAUAGUACAACUACUGGAAAUUCUAGUUUUAGUGGAUCUAGUAAUAAUAUAACUACAAAUUCAUUAAUGAAUAAUCCUUGGUUUAAUAGUGCUACAAAUAUGGGAUUAAAUUCAAAUUAUAUUACAAGUUCAAAUAAUAAUAGUACUAGUGGUGGUAAUCAUGGUGGUGGUGGUGGAAUUGGAAUUGGAAAUAAUGAAUAUGAACCAAUGCCUUUAACUAAUAGUAAUACUACUACUACUGCUGGUGCUGGUGCUGCUAAUAUUCCUGGUUACUAUCAACAGCAACAACAACAACAUAUUCCUUCUCAUGUUGGUUCUAUUACUCAACAACAACAACAACAAGUAGUUAGUGGAGUGACAACAUCACAUAUUAUUCAUAAUCAUCCUUAUCUUCAUCAUCAAACAUAUGGACAAGGAUCUAAUAAUUCUAAUUCUGGUGAUAAUUCAAUUCUUAGUGGCAACAAUAAUAAUGGUGGUAGAUCAAGUAAUAAUAAUAAUAAUAUAAUUACUAGUUCUUCAGGUAUCACAAGUUCUUCUUCUUCUAAUAAUAAUAAUAAUACUAGUGGUGAUAGAACUUUAAUAUCUACUGGAACAACAACAGCAACAACAACAACAGCAUCAGCAACAACAUCAGCAACAACAGCAUCAACAGCAAUAACAACAACAACAGCACAAGAAGAAUCAGUAGGUGGUAAUUCUUCAGGUUCAUAUUAUACUAGUACUAAUUAA